AAAGAGGAGGAGGGCGAGCGAGGCACCAUGCUGAGGAGGAAGAGGAGCGUGUCGUUCGGAGGCUUCGGAUGGAUUGAUAAGUCUACAGUCAGCACUCUGAGAGCUCGCAAACAGGAGCUCCUCGCCAUCUCCAAUGUUCCUGUGGCUGACGCCCCCCCCUCUCCGCCCCGCACCGCACCCCCCACCAUGAAGUCGGCUCAUUUCUUUGACAUGAUGGACAAGAUGGAGCAGGUGCCAGAAGCUGCAGAGAUGAAGACAAUCCCUCAGAGACAGAAGGACGACUACAUUCCUUAUCCGAGGAUCGAGGAGGUGUUGGAGAGGGGGGGGCCGUACCCUCAGGUGAUCCUACCUGAGUUUGGAGGCUACUGGAUCGAGGAUCCUGAUGCUCCUCCUCCCUCUGCAGACUGCAGGGGGAAGGAGGAGGUGGAGGAGGAAGGAAGACAAGAGGAAGAGACCGCCCCAGGGGAUUAUGGGUACCAUCUGGAGGAGAUCAACGAGGCUGCUCGGGCGUACAGGAAGCACUUCUUGGGCAGGGAGCAUUUAAACUUCUCGUGCUCAUCGAGCAGCGUGGGAAACCUGCUGCUGUCUGUGAGACACGAGCAGGAGAAGGAGCACGAGCACCUCCUCGUCAUCAUCAGAUCUCGGGUGAAAAGCGUCUACCACAGAUUAUCUCUGGCAGAGCUGCCGGACAUCCCAAGUGUACCAGAGCUGGCCAAGCUGCUGUGCGACGAAGCGGCAGGUCUACGGUUCAGUCCCGUCCUGUACCCAAAGGCAUCUCAGCUAAUAGUGAACUAUGAUGAGCAUGAGGUGAACAACACCUACAAGUUUGGAGUCAUUUACCAGAGAUUUGGUCAGGUGUCUGAGGAGGAGCUGUUCAGGAACAACGAGGAAACGCCGGCUUUCACAGAGUUCCUGCAGCUGCUGGGAGAGACAGUGGAUCUGCAGGACUUCAAAGGGUUUCGGGGGGGUCUGGAUGUGUCUCACGGUCAGACGGGGUCUCAGUCCAUCUACACGGUCCACCGGCAGCAGGAGAUCAUGUUCCACGUGUCCACCAAACUGCCCUUCACCGAGGGAGACGCCCAGCAGCUGCAGAGGAAACGGCACAUCGGAAAUGACAUCGUGGCGCUGGUUUUUCAAGAAGAGGCCACGCCUUUCGUCCCCGACAUGAUCGCCUCCAACUUCCUCCACGCCUUCAUCGUGGUGCAGGCGGAGGAGCCGUGCUCUGAGACCACCUCCUACAAGGUUUCCGUCACAGCGCGAGAGGACGUCCCGCCCUUUGGCCCGCCCCUCCCCGCCCCUGUCUUUAAAAAGGGUCCAGAGUUCAGAGAGUUUCUUCUCACCAAACUCAUCAACGCAGAGCUGGCCUGCUACAAGAGCGACCGCUUCGCCCGACUCGAGGAGCGAACCCGCGCCGCCCUCCUGGACAGCCUCCACGACGAGCUGCAGAGACGCUCCCAGAGCAUGCUGGGAUUGACGUCAGGGCCGGAGGAGGAGGGCCGAGGGGAGAACGGACAGGCCCACGGAGGACUGCUGGAGUCCAUCAAGAGGGCGAUGCGAGGGAGGAGCGUCUCCAUGGAGACCAUGUCGAGGGGCGGGGUUGGACUGCCCACCAGUUUGAGUGGGGGGGGUCUGGCACACCUGAACGUGGAGUGUAACGUCAAGUCUCCCGUGAAGCGGCGCUCGGGACUUUUUCCUCGCCUGCUGAGCGUCGACAGCCAAACAGAGAAGCACAGCCAGAGGAGCCUCCUCGGUGAGCAGAGGAGCUUCGACGGCUGCAACCCGAUGCUGGAGGUGAGGCCAGAGCUGCCGUCCAAUCCUAGCUCUCCAGAGGCGGGGCAGCGGGACAGGAUUCACACGAAGAAGGAGAGCAGUAAGAUUUCCAGGUCGACAUCCAGCACCUGCAGCUUCAGCAUCCCAGCUGACGACACACACCUGGCUGCGACGGUAGAAGGUCAGAGUUCAGCUCCGGUCAUCGUGUGCCGCAGCCCCACAGAGCUGAGAAACAAGAACUCGCCCAGAUCCAACCUGAAGUUUCGCUUCGACAAGCUGAGCCACUCCGCCGCACAGGGACACUGAGCCGACAGGACGGCGCUGACAG